AUGAAAGGAAUCAUAGCGUUGGAUUGUGAUGGUGUCUUACUGGAUACCCAUUCUGCAUUUGCUCAACUCUAUACAAAAACAUUCGGAAAAGAAUUGGCCAUUGUGUCACCUAAAUCCUAUAGUGCCAAAAAAUUGUAUGGUGUCGAAUUCACACCCGAAGAACACAAUCAAUUCAAAACCGCCCAUGAAGCCGAAGGAUGGCGAAUGAUGCCACCACUCGAUGGUGCUCUGGAAGCCUGUCUUAUGUUACACAAUGCCGGCUACGAAUUGGUAUGCGUUACUGCGAUGCCUGGUCGAUUUCUCAAUGAUCGUCUUGAGAAUUUUCGUCUUCAUGGAUUUCCUAUCGACAAGGUGAUUAGUACAGGAUAUGAUCCGAUCGAUCCAACCAACAAUCCGAAAAAACAAACGAUCGAAGCAUUGAAACCGGUGGUAUUCGUUGACGAUUUGCGACGGAAUUUGAAAGAUAUCGAAGGCGAACACACGAAACUCGUAUUCAUUGAUCACGGAUGUCACGAUGAACCCUAUCAUAACGGCGAUGUUCAUUAUGAUGCCAAGUAUCCAACUUUGUUAGAGUUUUCCAUUGACUUUCUAGCUGAAGACAAUCGUAUUGUUUGGAUUCAGAGACCAGCUAUUAGUACUGGAUAA